AUGUCUUUUGUGAGACAGUUACACACAUCUGUCCAGCGUGGUGCUGAAUCUACGAGGACUAUCAAGAAUGGUGCCGAGAAGUUGAAACAGCUGAAAUCCACUCCAAAUUUGUACAAUAGAAAAGCUUCAGCAUACAAUUAUAGAGGUGUCUUGAGAGCGAAAAUAGAGCCAGGACUGUACCAUGAACCAUCUCAAUCAUCAUCAACUGGGUCCAUAAACAGUGAAACGCUUCCCAGAGCUUUUUUGCCCAGGGAAGACCCACGUAGGCGGUAUGUCCAAACUUUGAGACCACGGGAUGGCCUACAAGCCGGCUGGGCCCCAGAUCUCCACAACAAAAAGAAAAAAACAUAUCAUCUGAAACCGGAGCAGAUUGCUGAAAUUCAGAAGCUCAGGUUGGAGAACCCUGACAAAUAUACCAGAAAGGCUCUUGCAGAGAAGUUUAAUGUUUCCCCGCUUUUCGUGUCGCUGGUCUCGUCCGCUGCUCCAGGUCGGUUAUCGGAAAUGAACCAAAGACUGCAGACGAUAAAGGAAGAAUGGCAUCCUAAGAGAGCGCUCGCGAGAGAUGACCGGAAAAAACGUAAACAACUGUGGUACAGACCAUAG